CGCGCUGGGUGGUUCGGAAGUGAAUUCUGCACCGCGAAGCCUGAGAGGCGGGUAGCUGCAGCGCUGGGCUGGCGGUGGCUAGUCCACGUGCUCCCCGCGGCCGGUUGAAACCGUUGGCGGGCGCUGGCUGAGAGGCAAUGUUUGCUGUCUUCCAUCAGAGUGACUGAAUUUCCACAGGACGGCUUUUUGACAAGACUUAAAACCUGUCUUGAAUAGAGAGUAUUUAGCCAUUUACCUAAAAAUGGUAUUUUUUACAUGCAAUGCAUGUGGUGAAUCAGUGAAGAAAAUACAAGUGGAAAAGCAUGUCUCUGUUUGCAGAAACUGUGAAUGCCUUUCUUGCAUUGACUGCGGUAAAGAUUUCUGGGGCGAUGACUAUAAAAACCAUGUGAAAUGCAUAAGUGAAGAUCAGAAGUAUGGUGGCAAAGGCUAUGAAGGUAAAACUCACAAAGGCGACAUUAAACAGCAGGCGUGGAUUCAGAAAAUUAGUGAAUUAAUAAAGAGACCCAAUGUCAGCCCCAAAGUAAGAGAACUGUUAGAGCAAAUUAGUGCUUUCGACAACGUUCCCAGGAAAAAGGCGAAAUUUCAGAAUUGGAUGAAGAACAGUUUAAAAGUUCAUAAUGAAUUCAUUCUGGACCAGGUGUGGAAUAUCUUUUCUGAAGCUUCCAACAGUGAACCAGUCAAUAAGGAACAGGAUCAACAGCCACUUCACCCAAUGGCAAAUCCACAUGCAGAAAUCUCCACCAAGGUUCCAGCCUCCAAAGUGAAAGAUGCCGUGCAACAGCAAGGGGAGGUGAAGAAGCAUAAAAGAGAAAGAAAGGAAGAACGGCAGAAGAAAAGGAAAAGAGAAAAGAAAGAACUAAAAUUAGAAAACCACCAGGAAAACUCAAGGAAUCCGAAGCCUAAGAAGCGCAAAAAGGGACAGGAGGCUGACCUUGAGGCUGGUGGGGAGGAAGUCCCCGAGGCCAACGGCUCUGCAAGGAAGAGGAGCAAGAAGAAAAAGCAGCGCAAGGACAGCGUCAGCGAGGAAGAGGCACAUGUGGGUGCAGGGAAGAGGAAGCGGAGGCACUCGGAAGUUGAAACAGAUUCUAAGAAGAAAAAGAUGAAGCUCCCAGAGCAUCCUGAGGGCGGAGAACCAGAAGACCAUGAGGCGCCUGCAAAAGGUAAAUUCAACUGGAAGGGAACUAUUAAAGCAAUUCUGAAACAGGCCCCAGACAAUGAAAUAACAAUCAAAAAGCUAAGGAAAAAGGUUUUAGCUCAGUACUACACAGUGACAGAUGAGCAUCACAGAUCCGAAGAGGAACUCCUGGUCAUCUUUAACAAGAAAAUCACCAAGAACCCUACCUUUAAGUUAUUAAAGGACAAAGUCAAGCUUGUGAAAUGAACAUUUCUGUAUUUAAAAAUUGAAUCCAUUCUGCUGACUACUUCUUUCACUGCUGUUUGUAAAAUGUGUAAUGAAUUCUAACAACUCAAAUUUUGCUUUUUGAAGCUGUAUUUUUAAGUUAAGAAAAAAUAUAUUUUUGGUAUAACUUUUAUGAGAAAAAAUAUAUUCUUGUCCAAACUUCUAAA